UUUUGUUUGUAAACACAAUGGCUGGGCUGGUCGCCGACUAUGGCUCUUCAUCUGAUGAGGAAAAUGAAGAUGCUGAGCUUGCUGAGGAGUUAUCAAUUAGAGUCACCACCAAGAAAGCUGUCAAUUACUUUGAGACUCCUUCUGAGCAAAGAAAACAUAUAAAAAGAAUCAAGAAAGAUGAACCUAGAAAGCCUGAAGUCCUCGCUAACCCUCUGCGUGGCAAUGCAAUUCCAUCUCCCUUUGGGGAUGACCAUUCUGCCUCUGUUUUCUUCAACCCAUUUCAUAAAGCACAAGAAGACAAAAAGAUGGUAUUGGAGAAACAUGUGAAAAUGACAGAAAAUCCUAAAGAUGUUUUAGAAAUUAAUGGGAAGAAAAUCUGUUGGAAUUAUAGGAAAGGUCGUUGCAAGUUUGGACACAACUGCAAAUUUGCACAUGAUUCAGAUAUCAGUCAGCCCUCUGAUUCUAGAGAAGUUCAGAACCUAAAUACAAAUGCUACAGGAGCCUCAGUGUCAUAUGGAGACCUCGGUACUCAGGUCUUAACAGCAGAGCCUAUUGUAGAUGAAUUGACAGUGAAGAAGAAAAAACGUCCCGGUUUGGCCGAUGGCAUUGUUCCUGGAAAAAAGGUUCAAAAAUUGCAUCGCAAACAACAAGCCAAAGAAACUCCAUGGCUUUUGAAACAAUAGAUAUCCUUUAGGCUAUUUAAUUUUUUUUUUUUU